UGAGCCGCCACCACCCUGCAGAUCCCUAGCCGCCACCCCCCCAUAUCCAUCUGACAAUGCCGCGCAGCAAAGGCGCCGCCGCCAGGCGAAGGAAGGCCGCCGCCGCCAGGAAGGCCGCGGGACCUCCCAAAGCCGUCGCCGUCGCCGUACCCGAUCCCGACGCCGGUAGACCCUGCCCGAGCCUCUCCCUCGACGUGCUCGCCAACAUCCACGACCGCCUCCCCUUCCUCGACCGCCUCGCCUUCGCCUCCGUCUUCGGCGAGACCUGCUACGACGUCUUCCAACCCGGCCCGCCAUGCCUCCUCCUCCCCGGCAAGACCCCGGAGACCGCCAGGCUCUUCUCCCUCGCUGACGGCCGCGCCGCCUCCGCCGCGCGCGUCCCGGACCCCGCGAUGCGCGGCCACGUGGUCCUCGGUUCCAACCGCGGCUGGAUCGCCACGGCCGACGAGUCCGGCCAGAUCUACCUCGCCAACCCGACCACGGGCGCGCAGCACGCGCUCCCGCACAUCGCCACCAUGGGCGUCUUCCUCCCCGAGAAAUCGAACACCUACCGCUGGUUCUCCCUCGUGAUCAGGGACUUGCUCGCAGCCCGCUACGGCGCCGGCCCGCCGUUCCUCCACUUGUGGGGGCCCGAGGGCUACGGGACCUUCACGCACUCGGCGGCCCAGAUGCGCAUGUGGUUCUACCGGAAGGUCGUCCUCUCCGACUCCCCUCGCCCGGGGACCUACGCCGCCAUGCUCAUCCUGGAGGCCAGCUUCGGCGCGCCGGCCUUCGCCACGGCGGACGACCCCACCUGGAGGCUCGCGAAGUCCCCCGACGGCGUCGAGGACGCCAUCUUCCACCACGACGGCAGGUUCUACUCCGUCUCCUACACCGGCCUCGUCGAGUCCUGGGAGCGCGACGCCGAGACGGGCCAGUUCAAGAGCGCGCCCGCCGCGCCGAGGCUGUCCCUGCCCGCCGUGGACAAGGGCGGCCCGCCGAGCAGGAAGUACCUCGCGGUGGCGCCUGGCGGGCGGCUGGCGGUGGUGCUCAAGUACGCCGACGCGGCCAAGGAGCGGUCCUACGGGCAGGAGAAGGGGCGGUGCGUCUUCGAGGUGCGCGUGCUCGGCGACGGCGGGGCGUGGGAGGAGACGACGGAAAUCGGUGAGGCGGCGCUGUUCGUCGGGGCGAACAACUCGAUGUGCGUGUCCACGAAGGGCCGCCCGGGGAUCAUGGCGGGGUGCGUGUACUACACGGACGACGAGCACGGGCAGGCGGCGCUGCGCCAGGAGUCGAGGCGCUCGUCCUACUCGUACAACGACGACGAGUCGGCUGAUUUGCGGGGCGUCGGGGUGUUCUGCCUGAAGCGCGGGAGCUUGAAGGGCCUCGAGCUUGGGACGCACUACGUCAGCGGAUCCUGGCCGCCGCCAGCGUGGAUCACGCCUUCCAUCCCGUGAUUAUAUGUAGUUCGAUAUAUCGCUAGGUCUCGCCUGGAUUAUCUGGUUACACGGUUCGAGUUUAAUAAUUUUUACUUCUUUAGUUCUUUAUUAUGAGUAUUUGCAAAUGCUUGUGGAUAGUUAAAUUUUCUCAGCUUUUUAAUGAAUAA